AUGAAGUUAAUCGUGCAUGUUUUAGCAGUCGGUUGCAUGCUGAGUUUUGUCUCUGCCAACUCUAGCCACAUCACGCCUAAGUUCGUGAAACCGAAAUUCAACAAUCUUUCACAAGGCGACAGUGAUAAUAAUGUGUGUGGUUGUCUAGAGAUCGUAGCCAGGCUCAAGAAGGUCGAAACCAAUUUGCUGAAGCUCAUUCAGAAUCUGCGCAACAAGCACAGUUCCCUUUACAGCGAGCUACUCGACAUGAAGAAACACAUGAGGAGUGUGUCCUGGUACGUUGGUCAAACGUCGGAGACUAGCCAUAUCAUCAACGAACAUCUGUUGGGCGCUGCGAUCUCGCUGGCACAAAUCAUGCACAUGAUCAGAGAUCUUACCAUCAAUCAGCAGAAGUCGGCAACAAAGACCUUCCUCACCGAAUCUAUAUUGGCUUUGGAAAAGCGUCUUGGAGAUUACAAACGUCCAGUAUCUGAGAUCGAUAUCGUGUACACGUCUUGUGACGAUGCGCGCAUCACUCAAACUGGCACAUACUUGGUGCAGGAUGCAUUCGGUGAGCCUACUAAACUGAUUUGCGUGCUCGAAUUCCAACCGGGCGCAUACACCGUCAUCCAGAACCGCCAGGAAGGAUCGACCGAUUUCUAUCGCGGCUACAGCGACUACAGAGCUGGCUUCGGAGAGUUCGAUGGCGGUGAUUACUGGUUGGGUCUGGACCGCAUCCACAACAUCACUGCUUCCGGUGAAUACGAGCUAAUGAUCCUGUUGGAGGACUUCGAGAAGAAUGUGACCUACGCUCACUACGCCAAUUUCGCCAUCGGAUCAGGCAACGAUUUCUAUCCGAUCACCAAACUGGACGGAUACAGUGGUACUGCUGGGGAUUCGCUUCGAUCAUUGGUAGGUGUGCUGUUCAGUGCUUACGAUAUCGAUGUGGACAACAGCGACGGCAACUGUGCCGUAUUGAAUCGUGGUGCUUGGUGGUACGAUAAUUGCGGUGAAAGCAAUUUGAACGGCUUCUACCUGAAGGGUCAGUCUGGUAGUACCACCGGUAUGUACUGGGGGACUUUCCGUGGUGCAAACUACAGCCUGAAAGGGAGUCGUAUUAUGGUCAAACGCAAGCAAGUAGUAUUCACCACGGACGCUUCGACAACGAUGUCUGCCGAGAGUACUUCUAGGACAACCACAACAAGCGAAAGUAGCUCUACAACUAGUAUGGGAGGAAAACCAUGGGAAACCACGCCAGCAACAGUUACUGAAAGUGUUUCUACAGACGCUUCGACAACGCCGUCAGCCGAAAGUACCUCUACUGCAACCACCAGUGGCGAAACUACCUUUACAGCCAUUUUCACGGCAACUACAGUUGAUGAAAGUGAAUUUACUACUUCAGGAAAUGCUUCUUUAUCAGCCAUGGCUUCGGAGAUGUUAGAUAUCACUGGCGCCUCCAGUGGUACCAAUGGUAAUGACGCCUUGGAUAUGGUUAAUUGCAACUAUAAUUGCACGAUAUACUUGAGGGGAGAGUUCAUAAAGGUUUCUGCAUUACCAGCUGAGUUCAUAAAUCUAGACUGUAAUGUUCCAAAGCCAGGCAUUCCUUGCUGUACAAAGCAUUGCUUGCCGAAGAAUUAG